ACAUUAGGGCUCAAAACAUUUCGAGAUGCAGGUACUGUCUACAUAUCUUCAUGAUCACGAUUUCUUAAAUCGGUAACGAAUGAGCAUUUUUGUAUCAGUAACACAAACAGAAAUACGGAAGAUCCAUAGAUGAGGAAGAAGAAAAAAGAACAGUUGACAGUAAAACAUGAACAGGAAAGUAUUCAUUCUCCUUGGUGCUUGGAUAAUUCAGUUUUUCGAGGUCGGAACCAUCAAAUCGUUCUCGGUUCUUAUUCGUCAUAUUGCUAAAGACAUCGACUCCACAAUAAGUCAUAUUGGUACUUUAAUCGGGAUUUUUCAUGCCUUCACUGUAAUAUUUGGGGUGUUAGCUAAUGUUUUGCUGGACCAUUUUUCGCCCCGUCGGUUAUGUAUGGUUGGCGGAAUGAUUGGGUCGGCUGGCUUAAUGAUGUGUUCUAUCGCCGACACCGAGAUCACCAUAGCAGUUUUCCUCGUCAUCUCAGGUAUUGGAUUUGCAAUGACCGUCCUCCCGUCUCAAGCGUCUGUUAUAUCUGCUUAUGGCGACAAUUACUUAAUACCGUUCUGCGUUAGCGCAAUGGGAGCUGGUGUUGGAAUGAUGGUGCUUCCAUUUUGUACGAAGAAUUUCUUGGAGAUCUAUGAGUGGAGAGGAACGAUCCUUCUUCUUGGAGGCCUCAAUCUGCACACGGUAGUAUCAGGGGCGUUGUUCAAAGGGACUUUAAGACCGCGGGUAUCACAAGAGGACAAAUCAACACGCAUUUCGGCACUGCUGUCGUCGCAGCCUACUGUCGUUGACAAGGAGCAAGAUGGAAAAAUAAAAAAUCCACGAACUUCCCUACGUCAACGCUGUAUAACCGGUUCGUGGGCAAUUAUCUCAACCGUUUACCUAAAGUCAAAUAUCAGUAUGUUUGGACAAUAUCCACUACUGACCUACUUGUUAAUAGCGGCAUAUCUUCAUGGAAUUACGUAUGCUGGUUGGACUAUAUUCGUAAUUUCCAAUGCUGAAGUAAAGGGUCAUCCAGAACACAGUGCAGUCUUUCUCUCUUUUAUUGCCGGUAUUGGCAACACAAUCGGUCGUCUUCUACCAGCUAUACUGAAGUUUUUAAAUAAAGAUUUAUUUUCAUCUAGAAUUUCAUUUCUCUUGUUUGGUUUCAUCGGAUCGGUGCCUCUUUGUCUGAACGCAGCAGCGACAGGUCUACCGAUGCUAGGCGUCUUUGCCAGCCUCAACGGCCUAGCUUUAGGAGCGAAGGCAAUCGCGAAGAGUGCCGCAUCUGUGGACGUUGUUCCGGACUCGUUUUCGUCAACAGCACUAGCUUUCACAUUAGUCUGUUCCGGUAUGGGGGAAGUGACCGGUGGAUGGGCCACAGGUAAAAUCUGGGAUGUAACAGGGUCUCUGGACACAGCUUUUCUCUUCCUGGGUUUUGUCGAUAUUUUGGGCGUGAUCAUCCUGAUCCUGAGCUUCAUACACCAGAAAAUAAUGUACAUUGACAGCAUGGCGAAGGGAGAUAGAGAAUAUUGAUAUUCAGAUCGAUACAGCUGCAAUAAUAUUUAUAUAAUAUUGACGGGCCUUGAGGGGAGCAUCAAAAUGUCGCCCGCAAAAUAAUCAUAUUCCUGAUAUUGGCCCGAGUCUUUAGACGAGGGCAAUAUGGUUCUUUUAAGGGCAAUAUUAUGUUUCCCGAAAGAAGAGCAAGUUAUUUCGUUUGUGUAGGAGGAGAGAGCAAAUGAAAAAAAACAUGCAUAUUCUGAUGGUUUUCAGACGGAUAGGCCUAUUGCAUAUGAUGUGUACAUAUCAACGCAUGCGAAAUGGUUUCGGCUGGAGAGGUGAUCGUUUUUCCUCAUUCAAUAUGUACUCGAUUUGUUUGAAAAACCAAUUUCUUUUCCAUGUCAUAAUCUAGCGUUUCGCAUAUCUCCAGCCAGUUGCCAGAGUAGAGGCCCACCGCAGGCUCAGGCGGUAUACGCUGAUGACCAGUCGUACAUGCAUGAAAGUGGGAUUUAAUCUCACAUCUUGGAAAGGCAUGCAUGGUGUCGCAUGAAAGAAUUUUGCACACGAAAAGCAGAUCUAUAGGGCCUGUGCAGUCAGACCGCAUGUCCCUAUGCUAAUGAGCAAAAAGGCCAGAUUCAUCAAAAUCAUGUGAAUCCUCCUCCUUGCAAAAUCUCGUGAUUCGUGAAAUUUUCUUUCUCUAAGAAUUUACCUGUUUUAUACUCAAGCUAAAUGAAAUAUUAUUGCACCAUCAGAUAGAGUAAAUGUUAUUCUUUCAUAUUGGUCAUUUAUUUUGUAUACAAUAUCUUGAUAAAUAAGUAAAUUUCUGGCCUGAAAAUGUGCCUCAAAACUGAAUUUUCGUCCUCUGUUUUCUUUUGCAAAUUGUGCAAAACUUUUUAUUUUGAGCCUCAAUAAUAUAUAUAUUACCAUAAAGCUGAACUUCUGUACUUUCUCACAGUGCCACUCUUGAUAUGCGGCACCUUUUAAUCGGGUCAAGAUCACACUUUUUCCACCAAGGUACAAGACGAGAUUUCUGAAAUUUUGUACUUGCAUGAAAUCCAGAGUUCUGAUUGGCUGGAUAAGGUUCACAGAACCACAGGCGCGGGUAAUUUGAGGAGAUUACCAUAUGGGAAGUGUGACCUUCCCAUGAACCCAGGCACUGGACCGUGGUCUCUUUGACCAAUCAGAGUGCAGUAUUCUUGUUUUCAAGCUGCUUUAUGUACUUGGCCAAUGAAAAGUGUGAUCUUGACCUGAUUAAACCAAUUGUUAUUUUGAAACUUAUACCAUUUUAAAGCUUACAUAUUCAGCUUUAUCAUGAUCUAAAAAUCAUUUGGGCUCAAACAAAAAUAAAGUGUGAAAUAGCAGCUUUUGUCAGGUGAAAAUAAUUAUUUUGUAGCAUGUUUUAGAUCAAAAUUUUUAUCUAUAUUACAAAAUCUUUGAAUAAAUUCAAACACAUGACC